GGGAGGGAGAGAGCGAGGAAGGACCAACCCCCUCUAGCUGUUGCAUGUUUCAACUGAGGUCUCACUUCACUCUCAGUUUGACUGUGAGGUGCUUGGUGCUUGUGUUUGAAUUCCCCUCGCUAAAGAGCAAAUGAAGAGCAGAAUCAGGGUUUGGACCCACUAACCAGGCAAGCAGAGCUCAAGAGCACCGUCUUUUGGCAGAAGGGACAACAUCGAGGGAUCUGAAGACUGCACCUUGUGCGUCUUCUGUUUCUGGGACAAAUCCUCCAAAGCCCCAAAUGCUAAAAGCAUGUCAGCGAAAAUGACUUUAUAGCCACUGACAGGCUGAAGAGAAGAAAGGCAACAUAAACCAUGGAGGCUUGGAGUUCUGCAUAUACAGAGACAUCCCCCUCUGCAUCCAUAUUCCCUACAUUCCCUACUCCCUCCUCUCCUGGCUACUUACAGUUCUUCUGGGAGUACCACGACAAUUCUGUCAUUGUGGAACAUUACAACUACACUGGCAAGCUACAGAAAGACCGCUACCGUGAGGGUCUCAAACCUGAGGGCAUUGCGUUCCUGGUGGUGUGUCUCCUCAUCGUCCUAGAGAAUGCUGUGGUUCUCAUCGCCAUUUGGAGGAACAAGAAGUUCCAUCUGCCCAUGUAUUACCUGCUGGGUAACCUAGCUCUUUCUGAUCUACUGGCUGGGAUUACAUACAUGGCCAACAUUAUCAUGUCUGGACCUAAUAGUUUGAAACUGACACCGUUGCUGUGGUUCCUCAGGGAGGGAGGGGUUUUCAUCACUCUGGCUGCAUCUAUCAUCAGUUUGUUGGCCAUCGCAAUUGAGCGCCAUGUUACUAUGGUGACAAUGAGGCCAUACCACGGAGCAAAGCGAGGGCGGAUGUUGGCACUGAUUGGUGCAAGUUGGGCCCUCUCAGGCUUUCUAGGGGUCCUACCAAUUCUGGGGUGGAACUGCAUUCACAGGCUGGACCAGUGUUCAACAGUUCUCCCACUUUAUGCAAAGAGCUACAUCCUCUGCUGCGUAUCCGUGUUCAGUGCAGUGCUCCUAGCCAUCGUGGUGCUUUAUGCCAGAGUUUUCCGCAUUGUCCGCAUCAACACACAGCGUCAGCGACUGGGACUGUCGGGUAGCAUCCGGAAAGGCUUAGCAAGGAAGUCACAGAAAUACAUCGCCCUCCUCAAGACAGUCACCAUUGUGCUGGGUGUCUUCAUCGCCUGUUGGCUGCCCCUCUUCCUUCUCCUCCUCCUGGACUUUUUCUGUCCAAUCCGCAGCUGCAGCCUGCUCUACAAGGCUGAUUACUUCCUCGGAGUAGCUAUGGUCAACUCACUCCUCAACCCCAUCAUCUACACCCUGACCAGUAAAGACAUGAGGAGAGCCAUUCUGAGGCUGCUCUGUCGGCCAUGUCUGAUGACCAGAGAUGGACAAGUGAAGAAGAUCGGGAUGCCAUUCCUGGAAUGCAGUUUCAGUAAGACUGAGGUGGCUUCCCAGAAGUUAGAGGGGGGACUGGAGACGACCAUUUCCUCUGGGAAUGUUAUCACCACACCCUCUCCAAUCAAAGCUCUUUACCCCAAACUCUUCAAAUCAUAAGGACACAGACUCAAGGGUUGAGACCAAAAAUGUGUGAAUGGGUUUCCCACUAAACAGAAGACAUUAUGUAGCAUUAGCAGUAAUAACAGAUGUUAUGGAGGAAUUAAGUACAAUGAAAAAGAUCUUACCAUGGCACAUCGAAUGUGCUGCAGUUACAGCAAUAUAGGCACAUCAUCAAACUCCAAAGGAAACUUAAUUGUGGAUUGAAAUGGAUACUGCUCAAAUAUAAACAAACCGUAACGAUUGAAUGCAAGUGAUGAGACUCCUUAACUAAUUUGCACUGAAAUAUCACAAUAAAUGGAGCAGCAGACUUGGAUAAUAAAGCCUGGAAGGACAGUUCUGUAGAACACAAGGACUGGCAUGACUGAAAGAGUAUCUUCCCUCUUCUUCUUUGCAGUUUCUUAUCGAAAUGCCUUAACAGACAAUAUGAUGUUUAGUAUAGUUGAUGAGUGAUGAUAAAGUUAUGCAGCACCUCCACACAUGUUUGUGUAUGUUAUGCAGGGGACAGGGGGAGAAAAAGGUAACAGGAAUGAUAGCGAAAUGCUGUUACACAAACAACAUGAUGGAGAAAAAAAAUGUGGCAUCGACGUGGGAGGCAGAAAGUUACAAUCCCCCACUGUUCUCAAAUGACAGGUGUUACCCAGAGAUGAUUUCUGAAAUGUUAGUGUGUCAUCUGCAGGAAAACUUCAACAACAACUAAAUGACAUCAAAUAAUGUGAGUAAUGUUUUUGUCAUUGUCACUUGCUGCUGUCAAAACAGCUGCAAUCGCCUGUAAGAAUAAGUCUGAUAAAUGAUCAGGUGAAUGGGUUCAGUAAAUAUGUAGUUAAUCAUCUUUAUCCUCGGCCUGCAUCAGGAGUAUUAAGGACAAUAUACCUAUAAACUUAAACCACACAGACACAGGGCAAAUUUUUAGUCUAAUACUCCCCUUCACUGUUUGCCUAGUUAACAGAAUAUGUCUGAUUGUAGUUUGAGGUGUACAGCUUUUCCUAUUAUGAAAUGAGUUUGACAUCAGUUUUUGUACAGCUGUUAUUUUAGUGAAGUCUUUUCAAACCAUAAUGAAUGAAUGAGACGGUAUGCUCUUUUUGUACUGUAAUACAUGUAGCAGGCGUUUGAUAUUGCUGAUAACAUUUUUAUAUAAUCUAUAUUGUAAAUUAUAUCUAUUUUUGUUUAACAGUGAGAGAGCUAGUGUCUUUUUCUUUUCAUAAAAGAAAUA